GGGGUCGCUAGACAGUUCGGCCAGUGUUGUGGACUUGUGGAGGUAUAGCGCUGUGGUCGCCGUAGCAACUUUUGAACAAAUUUUGUAUGUAAGGGUUUUUUUUGUUUCGCCCUGCACACCCCGCUCGGAGCUUCGUGUUACUGAAAGCGAUAUUUUCUACUCGCCUAACCCAAAACAAGCUUGUUGAACAAAGGUGGCUAUUUUUUUUUUCUUACCAACUUCAGAAAGGAAUUGCGCCGCGCCUUUUCGAUGAGUGUCCAGCCAUGGGUUUGAAAGCUGUAAUCUGUAUAACUCUUGCUCUCUCCGCUGUAACAACAGCUAUGCAGAGGAACGAGAGCAUUAUAAGAGGUUUUCCCCUCUUCACCAGGACAGGAACAGAUGAACCCAUCAAGUACUUUGAUUUGGAGUCUCGAAAUGGUUCUGAGGGAAGGGGGUCUGGGGAUGAACCUGUGCAUGUCCCCGUUCACCGGAAUCGCACCUUCAUCUCCGAUCGGACCAAGCAUUUCCUCACUGGCUCUUGGAUGACUGUUUUUAUUCCAUCAGUUUACACCAUGGUCUUCACCUCCAGCCUGCUUCUGAAUGGCCUUGCUAUCCUUAUGUUCAUCUGCAAAAUGAAACUGAGUAAGCCAGCUGUGAUUUACAUGUUAAACCUGGCCAUCGCCGACUUGCUGUUUGUGCUCCUCCUCCCGUUUAAGAUCUCCUACCAUGUUUGCGGGAACAACUGGGGAUUCGGACCAGUCAUGUGCCGAAUCAUCACCGCCGCAUUCUACUGCAACAUGUACUGCUCAGUUCUGCUUAUGAUGUGCAUAAGCAUUGACCGCUUCUUGGCUGUGGUUUACCCCAUGCAAUCUCUGACGUGGCGUAGCCGGGAAACGGCAGCUAUAAUGUGCAUAUCCAUGUGGUGUCUCGCCAUCGGCGGGGUCAUGCCUUUUGUUCUGUCCGAGCAGACGGCAGAGAUACCAGAGCUAGGCAUCACCACCUGCCAUGACGUCUUGGAUAUCUCCGAGUUUAAAGGCUACUAUCUUUACUUCUUUCCUAUUUUCUGCUUCAUUUUCUUUUUCAUUCCUAUGAUAAUUACAACCGUGUGCUACAUCCGCAUCAUCCAGUGCCUCGACUCGUCCAACGUGGCCAACAAGUGCAAGAAGACCCGAGCGAUCUUCAUGACAGUCACCGUCUUCACCGUCUUCAUUGUUUGCUUUGUGCCAACCAACAUCAUUUUGCUCACACACUACCUGCAGUUUGCUCAUGGGUACAGUGAGUCGUCCUAUUUUGCCUAUCUCCUCGCCAUGUGUCUCGGCAGCUUGAGCUGCAGUUUGGACCCCCUGAUUUACUACUUUGGUUCCUCGCAGUGCCAGAGGCAGCUUCGCAACCUUCUCUGCUGUAAAAACGAGACAGAGACAGCUAGCAGCACAAAGUAUGAAAGCAGCAGCAAAAUGGAAACCUUCUCGACCAACCUUAGCAGCCAGUAUAAAAAGCUGAUGGCUUGAAUUCUGAUGUUGCAGUGUUACCGACUCACGGCUGUGUUACCAGAAUUACAGUAAAUCUGUUUGUUAUAAAGAAAGACAUCACCCCCUGUAACAUACUUUGAAAGGUGAAUAUUAAUAUGAAUAUGAAUGCAAAGCCAUUUAGGGAAGUGUGAAAAUAUUGAAGACAGGGGGUUUUAACUUCACUUUCAGGAGAAGUCUAUUACUAGUGAGGCACAAUCUGUCUGUUCCUGUGUAUUAAUAUACAGUUUUAAGUCAGCCAGUUAGAUCAGGUAAACAUAUUUCCCAUAACAAGAUCUGAAUAAUAAAAAUGAUAUCCUCAAUUGAGUGAAAAAAGUCUGAAGGUGGUUUGUGGGGGUGUUAAAGCACUAAUUAAGACUUAAAACAAAACCAAAAAAAUUCCCUGCUUCCAUGUUUCUUGUCCCGUCCGAAUGAACUGUUUUGUGGAACCGUGUUUGAGGUGUGUCUUAAGCUUGUCUCUGAGCUUGUCACUAACCUUUCUGAAACUGAGGGAGGCAGUGAAGCAAGUAUCACACAAUGAUGUCACACUGAGUCAGGGACCAAGCAGGCAAGAUCAGAAUCAGAUGAUUCCACAAGAUUAAAAACAAUUACAAUUUCAAUAACAAAAUGAAUGCCGGGGGAAAAAAAUAGUUUCCAAGCUAUUAAAAUUUAGGUAAUUAAUUUCUUAAAAGGUAGUUCAUACACACCUAAAACAAAAAAACAAAAAACAACUAAAAUAUUUUCUGCAUAUUAAGCUUUUUGUACAUGUAAUGCAGUCAUCCUGCUUUAUGGGUCUGGCAACCCUUUUAGGUAUUGUUUAUAUAAAAACCCUUCAUGUAUUCACACUGGCACUCCUACCUGGGUCCCGACCCAUGUUCUUUCUACCCGGUCAUAAUCCUGUGUAGUGUGGAACCACGUACCUGGGUCGACUCUAACUCGACCCGGGUUGGCAGCGACCCACCUUUGAGUUGAUGCGCUUUGACCCGGGUUGAGCGAGACAAAGUGCAUGCUGGCCAUUCAUAAGCGGAGGAAGUAACAAACAGCCACGCCAGCAUGAAGGUUUCACUGCAAAGAAACCUGAAAGCCACUUUGGUUUAUUCUGUUUCAUCAUAUUUCUGUGAUAGAGACACACCAUGAGCCAGAUUGCAGCAGGGAUGAAGAAACAUUUGGGCCGACAAGUUGUCCGUUACAAGCACGCCAUCUUGAAAUCCUGACCAGAUGAAAGGGUGUUCAUGUGAACGUUGCUUCUGUCACUCAGGUCGACCCGGCUCCUUCAAAAAGCAGUGUGCAAUCACACAGCCGACCCGCAAGACAUCGGGUUCUGACCCGGGUAGGUUCCGACCCAGGCAGAGCAUGCCAAUGUGAAAGGAGUUUAGCUGUGGCAUUUCAGUUUGCAUGUGUCUCUGUCACCACUCUGUACCAUACAUAUCAGUUAGUCUGAUGUUAGCACUAUUCUUACUAGUAUGAUCAACUGCUUUAGUAGUCUGUAAACAUAAAGCAUUCCCCUCCUAGAGAUAUUCGCCUCAUAAUUAUAUAUAUAUUAAUGCUUGAGUGUGGUUCAUUCACUGAGUAAUCGGCGCAUGUAAGAGAUCCACUGUAGAGAUCAUAUUUCAUUACUCUGUUAUUGUUACAACAUAUUUAAGUGGCGUUCUUCAAACCUGUAAUCAAGUAAUAUGGAAGUAGUUUGUAUUCUGAGGCGAUAGUGUGAAUUUGUAAGUUUUUCUCUCAAGGAAUUGUAGGCAGUUCUGCAAGGUUUUUUUGUUUAGCAACAAACAAGUGAGACAUUUUAAUGUUUUUAUUCUUUGAGGUUAAAAAAAAAAAAAAAAAACUGAAAAAAACAGUGAAAAUGUAUGAGCCAGGUCAUUUGUGUCAACAAAAAAUAAAUGUGUGUAUUUCAUAUUGGUUUGUCUACUUCUCUCCAGAUUAGUACUGAGGAGUUGUAAUAUUUUAUUGAUUUAUAGUUGUACAGUUUGUUUUUCAUGUAUUUUUUAUUGUAAACUCCAGUAUGUAUAAAACGACUUUGUAUGUUAAGUAAAUUGCAUUACAUUAUCUUCAGUACAUAUGUAUAUAAUUAAAAUGCAUAUUAUUGUAAAA